AUGGCAACUGGUCCAGAGUUUGGUUCGAUGGGUGUGGAACAGAUCGUCUGCAGCACCAUCAGUAGUUGCGGAACCUGGGUAGCUUAUUCGGAUGUGGAGAAAAUCAGAUUCUAUCACGUCACUCACAACCCACUCUCAAUAACUAGGGUCCCAACCAUCCCUUCUAACCUGCAUCCAGCGCAUCACCUGGCCUUCACCCCGGACUCUUCCAAGUUAGUCUCGGCAGUUUGCACGGGAUCAGCGGGUCUUCAGCUCCUCACCGUGGACGGUCCAGACGGUGUGGACUGUCCCCAGCCCCUGGUCCAGUCCUUACCCAUCACAGAGGUGCAGGGGCCGUACACGGCGCUGGCGGUCAACGGGGACGGGGAGAGGGUGGCUGUUGUCGGGUCAGAGGGCAAGGUAGCUGUCUUACCUCUCAACAGUAAAAAGAUCAAAUCAGUAGUGCUGCCUCACACCAAGGUUCAUCCAUGUUGCUUGGCCUUCCACCCGUCCAGCAAGCAACUAGCGGUAGCUUACACAGACAGAAAUAUCGCAGAGUAUGACAUCACCAAACACGAGUACACCCCCUGGAGCCGGUCCGUCCACAAGCAGGGUCUCCAUCAAGCUUGGCUGGAGAAGACCAGUGUCAUCCAUCAGAUGACCUUUGACCCCUCCGACCCUGACAAACUCCUGGUCCAAGACGGGACCUGGUUGACCGUCAUAGACAAGACCAAGCCGUUGCCAAGAGCAAAUGAGAGACUGCUAGCUCCAAGGGCGGGCAAGAGACGACAUGAUGGCACCUCACGAGGUUCAGAAGACAGAACGCACGGCUUCUCAAUAUGCAAGAAAUACAAGACGAUCAUGUUCGUCGGGACCCUGGAAGACCCUGGGCAGCUGGUACUGGUAGAGCGCCCCCAACAGGCCAUCUUCGAGCAGUUACCACCCACCCUCCAACAGAAAAAGUUUGGAACCUAG